ACAGACUUCAAGAUCACUACCCCAGAGCUGGGUAAUUUGAUGGGAUUGCGAUCCAAAGAUGCAGUUAACCAAAUAAAAGAAAAUUAUGGAGAUGUCCACAAAAUCUGUACACUGCUGAAAACAUCUCCCACAGAUGGGAUAGCAGGUUCCCAAGCAGAAGUAGCUCUCAGGAAAUCUGUCUUUGGAAGGAACUUUAUACCCCCCAAAAAACCACUAACGUUUUUGGAGUUAGUGUGGGAAGCACUGCAGGAUAUGACAUUGUGUAUCUUAGAAGUUGCAGCCAUUAUAUCAUUGGGACUUUCUUUUUAUCGUCCACCUGGAAGAAAAAUGGCACUAUGUAAGAUAAGUGACGCUGCAGCAGAUGAAGCAGAAGAAGCUGAAGAGGCUCAAUGGAUAGAAGGAGCUGCAAUACUUUUGUCAGUAGUUUGUGUAGUGUUGGUAACAGCUUUCAAUGACUGGAGUAAAGAGAAACAAUUUAGAGGGUUGCAACAUCGCAUUGAAAGUGACCAGAGGUUUACAGUAAUCAGAGCAGGGCAGGUAAUCCAAGUGCCAGUGACUGAGCUGGUCGUUGGGGAUGUUGCAUAUGUCAAAUAUGGUGACCUUCUACCAACUGAUGGCAUUCUUCUCCAAGGACAUGAUCUGAAAACUGAUGAGAGUUCCCUCACGGGAGAAUCAGAUCUUGUCAAGAAGUCUUUGACAGAGGAUCCUAUGUUGCUUUCAGGUACCCAAGUGAUGGAGGGCUCUGGAAGAAUGGUUGUCACAGCCGUAGGGGUAAACUCACAAACGGGGAUUAUCCUCACUUUACUUGGAGUGGGGGAGGAUGACGGAAAAACAAAGCAAAACGACAAAGCAAUUAAAACAGCAGAUGAGUCUCCUGAGAAAAGCGAGGAAGCAGAAGGACAAAGUCCUGAGGAGCAUGGAGCUGCUGAAAAAAAAGAAAAGGAAAACGAGCAAAAAAGUUCACACAAAAAGGAAAAGUCUGUCCUUCAAGCAAAACUCACAGGAUUAGCUAUUCAGAUUGGCCAAGCAGGGCUGGCAAUGUCUAUACUCACAGUUGCUGUCCUAAUGGGAUCUUUUGUGAUUAAACAUUUUAUUAUUGAGAAGCGUAUUUGGGCUGCCGAAUGCACACCAAUUUAUAUACAACAUAUGGUGCAGUUCUUUAUUAUUGGAGUAACUAUCUUGGUUGUAGCAGUGCCAGAAGGCCUUCCUCUUGCUGUCACAAUCUCACUUGCCUACUCUGUGAAGAAAAUGAUGAAAGAUAAUAACCUCGUGCGACAUUUGGAUGCCUGUGAGACCAUGGGUAAUGCAACAGCUAUUUGCUCAGAUAAAACAGGAACUUUAACCAUGAACAGAAUGACAGUAGUCCAGGCCUUUAUUGGCGGCACACAUCACAAAGUCAUUCCUUUGCCUGAUUUAAUUCAUCCAACUACUAUGAAUUAUCUGCUGAAAGGAAUCUCUGUAAACUGUGCUUAUACUUCUAAAAUACUGGCUCCUGAAAAAGUUGGUGGCCUCCCCGGUCAUAUUGGCAAUAAAACUGAAUGUGCUUUGCUGGGCUUUCUUGUGGAAUUAAAACAGGAUUACGAGUCUGAAAGGACCCAAAUAUCAGAGGAUAAACUGUUUAAAGUGUACACCUUCAAUUCUGUCAGGAAAUCUAUGAGCACAGUUUUGAAAAACGCUGAUGGUAGUUUUCAAAUGUUCACCAAAGGUGCUUCUGAAAUAAUCCUUGACAAAUGCUGUAGCAUAUUAAAUAGCAGCGGGGAACCUGUACCUUUCACACAAGAUGAUAAGGACGACAUAGUGACAAAGGUGAUUGUACCAAUGGCCUCCGAGGGACUCCGAACCAUAUGUCUGGCUUUCAGAGAUUUCUCAUCUUCCGAUUCAGAGCCUCAGUGGGACAACGAGGAUGACAUUAUCAAGGACUUGACAUACAUCGCAAUUGUAGGUAUUGAAGAUCCAGUGAGACCUGAAGUUCCUGACGCAAUAAGAAAAUGCCAGAAUGCUGGCAUUGUCGUGCGCAUGAUCACCGGGGAUAACAUUGACACUGCUCGUGCAAUAGCUGUAAAAUGUGGCAUCUUGGGCCCUGUGGAUAACUUUCUGUGCCUGGAUGGGAAAGAAUUUAACCGACGAAUACGGGGUCCUGAUGGAGUGAUUAAACAAGAGCUGAUCGACCGGAUCUGGCCUCAGCUUCGGGUGCUUGCAAGGUCCUCGCCGGUUGACAAAUACAACUUGGUCGAAGGGAUCAUUAACAGCACCAUCACAAAACAAAGGCAAGUGGUGGCUGUGACUGGUGACGGCACUAACGAUGGGCCUGCUUUGAAAAAGGCUGAUGUUGGCUUUGCGAUGGGCAUUGCCGGAACAGAUGUAGCCAAGGAAGCUUCUGACAUCAUUCUCACAGACGACAACUUCUCAAGCAUUGUUAAAGCAGUCAUGUGGGGUAGGAACGUAUAUGACAGCAUUUCCAAAUUCCUUCAGUUUCAGCUGACUGUCAACAUAGUAGCAGUAGUUGUUGCUUUUACCGGAGCAUGUAUCACCCAGAAUUCCCCUCUGAAAGCUGUUCAGAUGCUUUGGGUCAAUCUCAUCAUGGAUACAUUUGCUUCCCUUGCCUUGGCCACAGAAAAGCCAACAGAAGCGCUGUUAGAACGGAAACCGUAUGGUAGAAAGAAACCUCUAAUCUCUCGCACCAUGCUGAAAAACAUUUUGUUCCAUGCCUUUUAUCAGCUUGUGGUUGUCUUUGGACUUCUUUUUGCAGGUGAAAAAUGGUUUGAUAUUGAAAGUGGACGAAAUGAACCCCUCCAGGCCCCACCAAGCCAACACUACACAAUUAUAUUUAAUACGUUCGUAAUGAUGCAGAUUUUUAAUGAAAUUAAUGCACGAAAGGUCCAUGGGGAAAGAAAUGUUUUUAAAGGAAUAUUCACAAAUUCCAUUUUCUGCUGUGUCGUCACUGGAACGUUGAUUGUACAAAUCAUCAUUCUGAUCAUAAGUAUUCCAAACAAGUAUUUGCCAUGCUUGAGGGAAGUUGAUGAGGGGCCUCCAAAAGAGGAAAAUAUUGAAGCAGAACAAGCUAAAGACUCAACAGAGAUCGACUAUGGUGAGCAGGAAAUGACUCGAAGUCGUAUUUUGUGGGUUAGGGGGCUGUCUAGGGUACAUACGCAGAGCCAAGUAGUGAAGGCAUUUCGUGCCUCAUUAUAUAACAGCAUUGAACGAGCACCCAAUAGUGCAACAACUAUCUGACACAAGAAUCUGAAAUCUUCAUUAGUGAUUGA